CCUUCUAUGUUCUCUUUAACUGUUCUCUCUCUCUCUCUCUCUCAAACAAACUCACUUUCCUCUUCAACUUCACUUCACAACAAAAACACACUACCUCUUCCAUGUUUCUUGCAUUUAUCACUAUCAUUGUUAAUGUGAUUGUGAUCAAUGAUCAUAUAUAACUGAUAAAUUCAAAGUGUAGUUAUUAGUACUUACUUAGUACCUUCUUAGAAAGUAGAAAUGGACAAGACUCAAAACAUGAAGCGUGGAGUUAAGAAGCAAAGACACACAAAUAAACUCUUGUUUGGUGCUUUCCAAUUCUCAAAGAAACCAAAGAAGCAAGAAAAAGUUAGAAGCUUAAGUGCUGUUACUGAAAUGAGUUGUCAUGUUUCUGAAAAACAACAAGAACAUCCAAAGAGAUUUAAGCUUCACAAUAAUUUUUUGAAUGGAUGCUAUGGUGCUUCUGUUCCAAGGAAGCUACGUUCAGCCAUGAAGAAGCGCGGUCGCGAAUCCAUCUUACAUGAUAAAGAAAAGGUGAACCAUAAGAUCGAUGGAAUAGAAUCUCUAGAAAAGGAUAAUGUAAAGAAGUCAAAAAAACAUGAAAUUGGCCAAAACUGGUCCCAAAGAGGAGUUUUUGGUUCCAUCACAAAAGAUGAGGAAGAGGUAGCUGAGACACUGUAUGCCUUGGCUGCAAUGUUUCCUCGCAGCGGCUCCAAUGAUAUUAUCAAGGAACUUGAUGGAGAACCUUUCAUGGAAAACUCCUCAGUUCUGCAGGACAUGAAGGAGAAGGUUAAUGCUUCUCUUGAAGCCUCGGUAAUUAUUCAAGGCGAAAGUUUUUGUUGUGAAAGUUGUUUACUUGGAGAAUCUUCAAAAAUCACGAAUGAAACUAUUAAUGGUCAAGAACUCUUUGAGAGGGCAAAGUUAUUGGUGGGAUCUCAUAGCACAGCUCCAUCUACGGAUCUUCAGACCAUGCCUGAGACGGUAAAGCACGAAUGUCGCAAAAAAGUUGCAUUGGAUGACUCUGAGUUAUGUCUAGCAAUGGGAUUAAAUAUGACUGGAAAAUCAAGAAUUUUACAAUGCGAGAGGAAACCAGAUGUUGAAUUAGACGCGCAUGCGUUCGCAUUUCAGGCCAGAAAUUUUGAUAGCAAGCAAAAACAGCAGUCGAUGAAGGAACAAGUAAAAAAUGGUCUUGCAUUGUGGCCAGGCUUGUCUUCGGUGUCAUAUGAUGUUAGUCCUAAAAGAUCACGUAAAAGAUGUGCAACUCAUGUUUACAUCAGUCAAACAAUUCGGAGUUUAGAGUCGCCAAAACAAAGAGUUAUCAAAGAAUCCAAUCUUCAUGGGUGUCAUGAAACGAGAGCAAGCGAAAGAUCAAAGUAUGGAGUUCUUUCGGAAGUACAAAACUUGAACAGAAUGAUAAAUGGAGUAGUUACUUGUGAUACUGCGAGGAAUCCUUAUGAAAGUAAGAAUGGCAUUCUUUUGCAGCAAUGCCACUAUGGUGAAAUAUCACAGGCUGCUUCAACAUAUGGAGUAUAUGGUCCUCAAAAGCAAAGUUUCAAUCUCUUGUCCUUGUCAACUGGAAGUUAUGGAUUAAAGGUCGAUGACAAUAAUUAUAAUAAAGUUCGAAGUAGGUUGGAGCCGUUGUCAAAUAUGCAUGUACCUUAUUUUCAGUCACUAGCACAGCAACAAAGGGUAAUGCCAAUUCCUACAUAUCAAAGUCGUUACGCCUCGACAGUUUACCUUAAUCAUAUGACUGUUGGAGGACCACAGCUUCAGUUGCAACAACCUCAUUAUUAUGGUAGCCAAUUAUAUGGAACUCAAUAUAGUUCAACAGUUUCAAAUAAACAAGAGCAACAAAAAAAUUUGGGGAUGCAACAAGCAGCUCAAGGUAGGUCAUCUGUAAAUUGGAAUAUUAUGAGGACCCAAAAUCCUAACUGGCAAAGUGGAAGAAACUACUAUUCUGCAAUGGGUCCAUGUGCCCCCCAAGUCAUCUUUCCUCAUACCCCUACAUCACAAGAAAUAUUUGGAUCCAAGAUUACUUCAAUGGUUGGACAACAGCAGCAGCUCAUUUCCCCCAUCCAUGACAAAUGGGCAAGAUCUUCAUCUCAAUUCUAUCUGUGAAGAAAUUAGGGACAGAUUCCAAAGUACUGGUGUAAUAAGAUUACUAUUUUCUUUUUUUUUCAUUUGUAGUUGUUCCUUAACAAGUGAAAUGAGCAAGUGUAUCACUCAUUGUGAGACGGGGGAAGUAAAAUUAUACAGUUCUAUA